CCUCGGCUUCCACCCCGACAGCCGCCAGCCGCCGGCCGAGCCUCCCUCCUCCACCCCCGCGCCCCGGGUGUAGGGUUACACGCCUCGCCGCGAAGCUCGGGGGAGAGCGCGGUGUUUCCGCAGCUUUGGCUCACGUGGAGCCGCGUCUCACCGCCGCGCUCUCCCCGAAGCCUGGGCUGCGAGCGCCCUCCCGGCGGACGGGGCGACCCGGGCCGGGAGGGGUGAAGUCCGGCGGCACGGAAGGCCGCCCCGCCCCGUCCAAGGCGCCGAGCUCGCGGCCGGGCCGGCGGCUUAGACGUCUGCACGGUCCCGGGAGGGGCGGCCCUGCAGGGCUCUGGGGACUGGGCCCCGGGCCCCGGGGAGCGCGCGGGGCGGCGGGGCGGGGUGGGAGCGAGGGCUGCUCCUCCAGCCCCUUCCGCCGCGCCUCCUUUCUGCUCUCCCGCUCCCUCUUCCCGUCCCAGCCGGGGGAGGCGCCGAGCUUGGCCUCUCACCCCCUCCGUGGCCGAGCCAUGAGGUAGCCGCCCAUGCCGCUUCCUGCCCUCCCGCACCCUCCCCGUCCGACCCCGCGUCCCGUCCCCGGACCUGGAGGGAGGCCGCGGUCCGCGGGGCGGCUGCCCGGUUCCGACCCCACCCGGACCCCGGGGCGGCCCGCAGAGCCCGGAGCCGAGCCGGGCGCGCCCCGAGAGCCGAGGCCUGCGGGCCGCACUCCCGGAGCCCCGGGCCGGAGCCCGUGCGCCCUGCUCUCCGCCACGGGCCCGGGAGGGAGAGGGGGCGAGAGGAGGGCCUGGUCUCCCCGGGGAUGGAGGGGAUGGAGGCGGCGGCCAGACCUGCCGGCGGCAGCCUUCACGUCUCAGGGUUGGGGUUAGACGAGCACAGCGCUCCAGAGGCCCCGAGCCGCACAAAUCGGUACCCACUGUUCCCCCGAGGAAAGUCUCAUCCAUCCUAACAGGUCUCUAGAGAGGGGUGAUCUCUGGAAUGCUGUUCAAGACUUUACCUGAAAGCUCUUGUAAUGUGACGGAAAUUGCACCCAUACCCUUCAAAUCCCCUGCUUCCUGGAUCGAACCUUAGAAGAGAGGACUCAGUGGCUGGGCUGUGACGACAGAGUUCGUCAAUUCUAAAUGAACUGGUAGAGAGACUGAUCCCGUCCUCCCGAAGACAGGCCUUAAAUGUCACAGGCUUAAAACUGAGAGAACCCCAGAUAGGGAGCAGAACGGCCAGCUCCAUGGAGGUGACCUCAGCUGUGGAGAGAAGUGGCCCCGAGCCACAGCCAGAGAAUGGACACCUCCCAAGACCCUGGCCAUGCCCUCAAGAAGAUGGAACACCCAGCCCGAAGGCCACCCAGCCUCCUGGGGCAUGGGGGAUACAGCUCCAGGGGCCCUCCGUGCUGGAGUCCAAGGUGAGGGCCUUGAAGGAGAGGAUGACAGCGGGCAGACAGGGGGCAGGCCCCAGCCUCACUUCCCAUCAGCGGCUGGCCCUCAAGAAACCCAAGUGCAGACGAGUCAAGGUGGGUGGGACCAAGCCUCCGUCAGAGGGGCCUUCCCCACCCGAGGCUGUGGUGGUCCAUCACACGCAGAAGCCAAACGACAGGCCGCUGGACCGCAGUGUCCCCGAGGAGGAGCCCGCCAGGAACGAGGACCCCAGGCCUCCCAGGUCGCCUGCUCCCGGACUCAAGUGCUGGAACAGGAGGAGCCCGUGGCCUCCAGAGGCUGUUCAAACACGGCCUGAGCACGACAGAGCUCUGCCGGCCGGGCCCAGCUCUCUGCAAGAGGGCCCCAUCCACAGGGUCACUCCCGGCCGGCCGGGGGGCUCUCGUCCUUGUAACAAAACCACCCACGUGCUCACCCUGCGGAAAGGAAGGUCACACCCCCAGCAGGAUGGUCUCGGCACCCGGAGAGACCCAGACAGCUUGUCUCCGACCUCCGAGGAGAACUUCAUCCCCAGGCCAGCUCUCCUGGGGGAGCUCUGGAAAACCGGGGACCUGGGUGCGCUGGGCACUGGGGGCAGCACCUUGUCCCUGUCUGACCGCGUGGAGAGGAACCGCCUUCUGCUGCAGGAGAUGCUAAGUGUUGGGGGGCAGGGCCCCUCCAAGGUGGGAGUCCCAGGCUGGACUUCAUGCUGGGAUAGAGCUGUGCCAGAGCGACGAGCCGGCGACAUGGACUGGGACUCGGGCAUCUCCCUUCAGGACUCGGGCAUCUCCCUUCAGGACUCGGACCAGAGCAGGACCUUCGGUCCCAAGCCGCAGCCCGUGCUGAGCCCCAGGCAUGAAGAAGCCAAGCAUCUGCUGCAGAGAGCCCGCAUGAAGGCCAGGACCCGGCCUGUCCGUGCCAGCCACGACAUCGUGCCCACCCUUGCCCUGUGCAGCCGAGAUGGGCGGAAAAGCCCAGCCCUGGACCCGAGGAUGACCAUUGCCUGCCGAGACAACCUCCAGAAUGGGAACACGAGCGACUCCUCCAGCGGGGAGUCCAGCAGCGGGCAGUGGCCGAAGCGGGGCACCUCCCCGUCCCACGUCCGCUUUGAGGAUGAGUCUGCCCGGGACGCUGAGUCCCGCUACCUGGAGCGGCUGCAGCAACGUCAGCGGCAGGUGCUCAGCAUGGCGGACCAGGGCCCCCUGCGCUCCAAGCCCGACCUCGCGGACUACAUCCAGGCGGGCUGCCGGCGCCGGGACGCGGGCGCGGGCGCUCUGCACCCUUUGCUGGGUGGGCUGCAGCCCGGGGGCCUCUCGGCGCCGCCGCCCGCUGGGGGCAGCGAGAGGAGGUGCCGAGCCUGUGGCCACUGCAUCGCCCCCGACCCGAGGGUCCUCCGGGAGCGCGACCCCGCCUGCGGGAGGGAGGGGGCGUCGGCGCAGCCCCUCAGCUCUCAGGGCCUGAGCGUCCCGCUCCGGCUCCUCUCCGCCGGCGAGCCCCGGCUCCACACCGAGUGGAUCCGGGAGACGCACAUCGGGGAGCAGGCGCUUCCAGAGGAGGCGGACUCGGCCCUGGACAGCACCGACACCUCCGACAGCUGCCGGACCGACAGUGAGGAGGCCGGGACCUCUCAGCCCAGCAAGACCCGCCUGCGGGCCUCCAGGCCUCGGGGAGGCCACAGGUGGUUGCGCAAGGCUGAGAUGGAGCCGCCCGGGAGCCCUCAGGCCUCACACGACCUGCCUGGGCUGGAGCUCCUGGAGGUGUCAGAUGAGGUGACAGAAGGCGCGGGCCAGACGACGGCAGGGGCUCUGCUCCCCAGAGAAGAUGCUUUGUCUAAGCCUCCUGUCCAGGACUUGAAGAGGGCUUUCCCCGGGUCCCCGUGGCAGUCUGGACCAGGGCUGGAAAAUCACUGGGCUCACCCCAGGGAUUUUCGGACAGCCUAUACCAUUGCCUCUCCCAUGAAGCUGGGGUCCUCGGGGCCAGGCAGACAAGGCCCGGUUAUAGAAAGCCAGGAGUCUCUGGGAACUGACUGCCCGCAACAGAGCCGCACAGAGCUCUCUGCCCACCACCAGGCCCGACAGCCGACUGCUUCCCUCUGCCCUGACAGCUGGGUGCCAACCCCUCCCUCUUCAAAGAAAACCACCUCACCCGUGUCUCACAGGAAGGCAGCCCUGGCUGGGUUUCGCAGGCUGGGCAACCAGGGAGGGCCCAUGGACAGCCCCCUGCCUGCUUCCAGAAGCGCAGUUCCCAGGACCUGUGAGCUCACCUCGCCACAGCCACAGCCCCACAGUCCCCACAGCAGGCACCCCCUGCGGGCCCUGUCCACCAACAACUGCAACAGCAGCAUGCCCCAGGGGCUGCAGGAGCCCUGGGAAGGAGCCAUCCUCGUGGGGGAGACAGGUGCCCGAAGCCAGGAGCCCGCAGCACCGCUGGAGGACCGCAGAGAUGCAGCUGUUGGCACCAUCAGCUCCGUGGGCAUCACCUUCUCCCCGGCCUCAGAGGAGCCCAAGUCCAGCCAGGAAGCAGAAGGAGGCCUGCGGAGGACAGAGCCGAGUUCUGUAGGGCACGUGUCAUCCCGUGCCUUGUCUGGGGUCAAUGUGGGCCCCAGCCUGCCUUCCGCCGCUGCUUCUGACAAGAACAAGAAAAGCAGCGGAGGCAUCGCCUCUGCCCUGGGGCUGAAGAAGUUCUUCUCGGCGCUGAGUCAGGGCACGCGGCCCAAGAUGGGCAAGUCCCGCAGCUAUAGCAUGGAUCAGCUGCAGCCCCCGGCGCCUGGCCCGGCUUCACACACUGGCACCCCCAAAGUGAAGAGAGCCCCGUCCUUACAAUCCCUGCAUCUGGUGUCACCCUCUCACCAACAUCGGAAAGCCACCUCCUUUCAGAACCUCCAUUCUCUGCUGAGUGGCAAGGUGGACCGGUCCAACCUCUACCUGGUAGGGGAGCCAGGGGAUCACAGCGCAGCUGACAGGCCGGGCAAGGCACCAGCCCGGCGCGCCCUCAGCGUGGAGGACGUGAGUGCGCCCGGCCCCGCGCGCGCCGUGGGCCGCCUGGUGGAGGUGUUCCCCGACGGCACGAGCCAGCUGCAGCUACAGCGCCCCCCGGAGGGCACUUUCGGCUUCAGCGUGGCCUCCGGGGAUGGACGCCGGGACUCAGGGUUCUACGUGCAGGAGAUGGCUGACAAGAACACAGCCAAGCUCUACUCGGGGCUGCUGGGGGUGGGGGAUGAGAUCCUGGAGGUGAACGGGGCCAAGGUUGCAGGGCUGGGCUUGGCUCACGUGAGGGAGCUCCUGGCCCACGCGGAGAGCUUGUCGAUCCGGGUGCUGAGGCAGAGGCCUGUCCCACGGUGACGCAGAGGUGCCUUGCCCCUCACUGUUACCACACCCCCCACCCCGCCCCGCCCAAUGGAAACCCCGAACCGCCCCCGGGGUGGCUGGGAAUGUGCUACACAAAGCUGCUUUGUCUACUGAAAAUGAACACGGUGGCGUGCAACCCCUCGGGCCUCAGUCAGGCUUCUGUGACUGACCGUCCUUGCAGAGGGAAGGAGCCUGUUUGUGUGUUUUGUUUAAGGAUGUUAAUUUAUGUAGAAGCAGGGAAGGGAAUGGGUCUCCCGCCCUGAACAGGCCUGAGGUGGAGUCACCGUCUUCUGGCACCUUUGUUGGCAGCAGGAGGAGAGAGAUUCGGUGGGUCCUUCGGAUGGUCCCCAAGCAGCAUCGCCUUACCCCCAGGCCCCGUCGUUCCACACUGUCGGGCUCCCCGAGCUCCUCUCACUCCAGAGCCAAAGAAAGUACUUGGCCAUAUUGGCCUUGAGCCUGCCUUUUUUGGUCUCAUUCCUCCCAGCUCCCAUCUGACGCCUUUGCUCUUUUUCCAAAAAUGGACCAAGUGUCCGGGAGUCACAGCCUUACAGCCAUGGACCAUAUAUCCCAAACCAAAAGUUGGCAACGUGUCUGGUGUGAGAACAGCUGAGAGAUGUUAUCUGGUAGUCAGAAUAUUAAGGAUUUCUGGGAAAUCUUUAUGAUAUACGAGGUUGAAGGAACAAAAUGAAACCGAGACCAACUUCAGGGAAGUGCAGCUGUGGCCAGUGGGACUGGCCAGGGCAGCCCUGCCCCACUCCGCCCUGACCUCUGCUCCCGCCCAGAGGGAGGCUGGAGCCACUGCAGCCUGGCCGUGAGGGGCUCUGUCUUCCUUCUCCUGGGGCCUUGGACAAGGCUGCAGCUGGUGCCAGGCUGUCUCCAGCCACAAGCUCUCAGCCCAGACUCCCUGAGGGCAGCUGUGGGUGGGUCGCUGGCAGGGAGAUGGCAGGGCAUGCGAGCAGAGGGAGGGGCCAUCCCACCUGGCUCUUCCAUGGCCCAAAGUGUUGGGACUCUCUGGAAGUAGUCUUAAAUUAUUAAAAAGCAAAACCGAAACGUC